AGGGUUGUGCCCUAGUUUCGUUGGCUAGGGUUUUAGGAAACUCGCAGAUCAGGGUUUUCUCUCUUUGUUCUUGGAAAUUACAUCGCGCAGUCAUGGCAGGGAUGGCACCGGAGGGCUCGCAAUUCGAUCCGCGUCAGUUCGAUCAGAAAAUGGAAUUCGCCCUCGAGACCGGCGAGGAGGCCCUCUCGACCUGGGAGGAGGUUAACGAGACAUUCGAUUCGAUGGGUCUCCACGAGAAUCUCCUGCGAGGGAUCUAUGCCUACGGUUUUGAGAAGCCAUCGGCGAUCCAGCAGCGAGGAAUCGUCCCGUUUUGCCGGGGCCUCGACGUGAUCCAGCAAGCCCAGUCGGGGACCGGCAAGACGGCUACGUUUUGCUCGGGCAUUCUCCAGCAGCUUGACGGACACCUGAACGAGUGCCAGGCGCUCGUCCUCGCUCCGACCCGCGAGCUCGCCCAGCAGAUCGAGAAGGUGAUGCGAGCGCUCGGGGACUACUUGCAAACCAAAGUUCACGCUUGCGUCGGCGGCACGGACGUCCGCCAGGACCAGAGGAUCUGCCAGUCGGGUGUUCACGUCGUGGUUGGAACUCCUGGCCGCGUCUACGAUAUGCUCCGCCGCCGGGCCCUCCGCUCCGAGCACAUCAGGAUGUUCGUCCUGGACGAGGCGGACGAGAUGCUCUCCCGUGGAUUCAAAGACCAAAUCUAUGAUAUCUUCCAGCUCCUGCCCGCCAAGGUCCAGGUGGGCCUCUUCUCCGCCACCAUGCCGCCCGAGGCGCUGGAGAUCACCCGCAAGUUCAUGAGCAAGCCGGUCCGGAUCCUCGUCAAGCGCGACGAGCUGACGCUGGAGGGUAUCAAGCAGUUCUACGUGAACGUGGAGCGCGAGGACUGGAAACUGGACACGCUGUGCGACCUGUACGAGACGCUGGCCAUCACGCAGAGCGUCAUCUUUUGCAACACCCGCCGCAAGGUGGACUGGCUCACGGACAAGCUGCGGAGCCGCGACCACACGGUGUCGGCGACGCACGGCGACAUGGAUCAAAACACCCGCGACAUCAUCAUGCGCGAGUUCCGGUCGGGAUCGUCGCGAGUUCUCAUCACCACCGACUUGCUCGCGCGCGGGAUCGACGUCCAGCAGGUGUCGCUGGUGAUCAACUUUGAUCUUCCCACGCAGCCGGAGAACUACCUGCAUCGAAUCGGGCGCAGCGGUCGGUUUGGGCGCAAGGGAGUGGCGAUCAACUUCUUGACCAAGGACGACGAGAAGAUGCUCUUCGACAUCCAGAAGUUCUACAACACCGUCAUCGAGGAACUGCCGAGCAACGUUGCGGACCUCAUCUGAGCAGCGACUUCUUGGAGCGUGAGUUUUUACUUUGUUCGUCUAUUUCUUCUUUUUUGUUUCGGCUGCUGUGCGGAAGUUUUGUUUCCGCUGCCUCUCUUUUCGUUUUUGUACUUUUAGUUCGGGAAAGGAAUCAUCAAUUCACUUGAAAAAAAAGUGUGCUCAAAAGUAUUUUAAUGAUAAGAUUUUGAAUAAAAGAGAAUAAGUUGUUAUA